AUACAUUAGCUAAGAAAUAUGAAGGCCAUUUCUGAGAGAUAGGCAGAUGGAAUACAAUUAGAAUUGUUCAACCUAUACAGAACAAUAUAGUGGUGUAAGACCAAAAGGAAGGAAAAUAAAAAAAAUCAUUAACCAUCAUGACAUCCCUGGACCUGGAUCCCGUGUUUGUGAAAGCUUUAAAGCUUCUACAUUCUAAGAGCAAAGAAUCUGGUGCCCUGCUCAAGCAAAUGUUAGAUGAUGCUAUUGCACAGAAAAAAGGACAAAGUAAAUCAAAGACAAGUUCAUCCGAGUCAGAGAAAAGCUCUGAGAAGUCUUCAUCCAAACAUUCAAAGAAGGAUGAUGAGUCCAGCAGUAAGAAAAGAGAGGCUGAGAAACGCCAUAUAGAUAAGACAAAACAAGGUGGGUCAGAAUCAUCACCAGAAGUUCCUGCCAAGAAGUCGCGUCUUGAAAGCUCUGAUAGUCAUAAAGAGAAAGAUUCAAAGGAAAAACACUCGGACAAAGAAAGGGAUAAAGACAAAGAUAGGGAAAAAACGAAGAAAGAUAAAGAAAAAGAUAGAGAGAGGGAAAAAGAGAGAAAGGAAAGAAAAGAGAAAGAAAGAGAGAAAGAAAAAGAAAAGGAAAGAGAAAAAAUAAAAGCACAAGAGCAAGAAAAAGAAAGGGAGCGACAGAAAGUAAAAGAAAAAGAGAAAGAGAAGAAAACAGAGAAGAAAACAGACCAGGAAUCGUCAGACGAGGAGGAAAUGGACAGAAGCAUGGACGCUGAUGAUUUUGCUAUAGGGCUUGGCCUUUCCUGUGUUGUCUGCAAACAGCUAAACCUCACAUCGGGUAACCAGUUGGUUGAGUGCCAAGAAUGUCACAGCUUAUAUCAUCAGGAAUGUCACCGUCCACCAGUUAUAGAACAAGAUGUGAAUGAUCCUAGAUUUGUGUGGUACUGCUCUAGAUGUGAAAAAACUAUGAAGAAAAUGGUGACAAAGCCACAGAAGAGUAAAACUUCAUCAGUAAUUGUACCAGAGAAGUCUGAGAAACCUGCUGUAAAACCUUCAAAGACUGAACCAGCCAGCCUGUUUGCUUUCAAUAGAAGAGAAACUAAACUGAGUUCCUCCUCCAGCAAGGAUGUGUCAGGAUCUGGGGCGGCUAAACCUCUUAGCGGUCUGGCUAGUCUCGCAGCCAACUUGUCCGGCUCCAAGUCAAGUUCUUCAAAAUCCGACCAGUCAAAAUCAGGCAGUUCAAAGUCUGAGCAGUCUAAAACCAGCACUGGAAAAUCUGACCAGUCUAAAUCAUCAUCCUCAUCAUCAUCAUCAUCAUCGUCUUCGUCUAAAAGUGACCAAUCAAAAUCAAGCUCGAAAACACCUGACCAAUCAAAAUCGAGCUCUAGUAAAAGUGACCAAUCAAAGUCAAGUUCAUCCUCCAAAUCUGACCAAUCAGAAAAGACUAGUGUUUCCAAGGAUAAGGAGAAAGACAAAUCAAAAACUGAUACUAAACCUUUCCAGAGAUCUUCUGUUGAUGGAAAAACUGAAAGUAAUAAAUUGUUUGGGGGUAAAUCUGGGGAGUCUAGUAAAUUGACAAAGUCCUCAUCCAAUUCAGCGUUAGUGGCGGGUAAAUCUGGGUCAGGUGGUCAAAGUGCAGUUGCAAGUGCAGACAAACGAGUACAAAUGAUGAAGAAAAAAGCGGCUGCAAAGCUUACUGAGAAACGGACUUCUAUGAAAUAAUAUCGGACUUCUAUGAAAUAAUAUCAGACUUCUAUGAAAAAAUAUCGGACUUUUAUGAAAAAACAUCGGACUUCUAUGAAAUAAUAUCAAACUUCUAUGGAAUAAUAUUGGACUUCUAUGAAAUAAUAUUGGACUUCUAUGAAAUAAUAUCAAACUUCUAUGAAAUAAUAUCGGACUUCUAUGAAAUAAUAUCGGACUUCUAAAAUAAUAUUGGACUUCUAUGAAAUAAUAUCGGACUUUUAUGAAAUAAUAUCUGACUUCUAUGAAAUAAAAUCGGAUUCUUUACAGUGGUAUUAAAGAAAAGAAUGGGAUGAAAAUUGAUCAAUAUUUUGUUUUUAAUAUUUUUUUUGAAUAUUUUUGAGUAUGUCAUUUUGAAAUUUACUGCAUAUUAUGUGUCCUUAAAAUUUACAAUAGAACAAAUUCUUUUUUUUUGUUCAACCCUUUCUAAAGAUAGAUUUUGUGACCUAUGUUCUCUGUGUUGUUGCAAUGUUAUUGCCUGAAUGGACUGGCAAUUUACAAUUAUUAAGACAGUAUAAAAUAAAAACAAUAUUAAAGUUUAAAACAUG